AUGACGCCCAUCUAAAGCUAGAGGCCCGAAAUAAACCCUGCCCUAAACCUCCUCCGCCGCCGAAGGGUCGACCAAGAAGAAGAAACCCUCAAACAAAUCAAAAAAGAAAAGAAGAAGCGAGCGAGGGGCAGAAUCACCAAUGGCGGGCGGUGGGCUGUCCGGCGGCGCGGCCGCGUUCUGGGCGACAAGAGCGCUGGAGGUGGUGAAGCGGAACGACUCCCCGGGGCUGUUGUGGAAGCGGAUCAAGCUCACCACCACCCGCAAGAACAACGCCAAGAAACGCCUAAAGCGCCUCUGGCAGAACGAAGCAGUUAUAAGGGCUUCUGCUCAAGCAGAAUCAUCGUCAACUUCAAACACGGCUGCCGCAUCUGAGAAACAGCAGUAGCUUCAUGGUUUGUGGUGGAGAAACUGAUAUGCAGUUAAAAGAUGGGCGUUGAACUUGCAUAACAUGCUGAAGCCUAAAACACAUCCUUCCGUAUAUUUUUAAGAGUGUCUUGUCAGAAGUUUGAACAAGUGCAUGCAUGUACACAUCGACUUUCUUCAUCAAGAGGAUAUUCCUUGCCGCCAUGGGCGUCUCUGCCCCUCCUGCUUACAUAAGCUUGUAGCAUCUCUUCCCAUUUCAUGAAAGUUCACUAUUUCUCCUUUUUUCUUGUUUAUGACAUCAGUACAUUACUUAUCUGAAACUAAUUAGGCGUCAUAUGUGAUGAAAUUUUUUCUUAGAAUUUUGAA